GCGCUGGCCACACUGAUUUUGUAAAUGCAAAAUGAGUAUGUAUAAGUAUUUACCAUCGUGUCGUUAUAGGAAAAUUAAAAAUUGUGUCAUCUCGGGCAAAGAUAAAUAUUGAGAAAAAACAAAACAAGUCAUAAAAACAUUGCAGGCGAAGUCUGUUUUGCCUGCAGAUUAAACUGUGUGUCGAAAUAAAAAAAAUCAAGCACACAAAUACGAGUUAUACGCGAAAGUACUUCUAUAUCCAAUUCGAUACAUAUAUGUAUGUGUAUAUGUAUAAAGGCAUUGAUAUAAAAUUAAGAAAGCAAGUUUAUCAAACUAUUCAAGCAAUCGUUGAUGUAAUAAAUAUAGUAUAUAUAUAUAUGUGCAUACAAAGUGUACGUAUGCAUAAUUUAUACUGAUUUACUUUAUUUGAGUAUCUGGACAUAAUACAUAUAAGUGCAUAAAAAUAUAUAAGUGCGCAGAUAUAAAAAACAUUUGAAAACAUUCAAAAUAAAAUUUUCAUUAAAAAAAUUUUACACAACGUCGUUGGGAAAACAAUUCAACGAAAUCGAAUUAAAAUUCUAGUGCUCAACCAAGCAAUGUAGUUGUUGGAUUAUAUAUGAAUGCAGUGAAAAAAAUCGAAAGUUGCACUAGAGCGUCCGAUAAAAAUGAAAAUGGCAUUUGCAAAUGAUGAUUGUCAGCCCGAGAAAUUGCCUCAAUAUAAAUCAACUGUGCAGUUAAAGAGCUACACAGACAUAUGAACCCAGGGAGUUAUUAAAUUCUGGAAAUCAGCUCGCCAUGUCGUUAACGUCUUCGAUUGAAAAGCCCAAAACGGAACAACAAGAGAGCACCACCACCGUCGCAAUUGUAGCUGGUCAACAAAAGCGAUCGAAAGCCCAAAAUACCAAGCGUUCGUAUUCCGUAUCGUCGAGUACAUCGUCAUCAGGAGGUUCCAUUGGCGGAGCCAUUAGGUCUGCAACAUCGCCGUUGGUCAACGAAAAGGGCACUGCAAGCAGCCAGGGGCAAGCGUUUUUGCCCUUCUCCUCGUUUUCCUACUGCACCGAUACUAUAGCAGCCGUACAUCACCAGCGACAGUCGUACGCGUUGGUCCAAAAGCCCCCCUCGCUGCGAUACCACCAAGGGAAAUCCCAUCAUCAGCACCAACUUUUGGCCAACUUCUCGCCCACGAUGACCUCCUCGGAACCUUCGUCCCCCUUGGCCGCCCCAAUCGAUGGAUCUGCCUCGAUUCUCGGCACUUCGGAGGUGGCCUCGCAUUGUUGCACCAAUGUCAAGGCCAGUAUCAAUCCGUUGGCAACACAGAAAAUGCACCGAACAAUACCAUCUGAUAAAAUUAACCUACGCCUCAUACUUGUUAGUGGUAAAACAAAAGAAUUUAUUUUUAGUCCGUCAGAUUCCGCAGGUGAUAUUGCACAAACAGUAUUUGAUAAUUGGCCAGAAGAUUGGACCCACGAAACUGUAUCGAAAGCUGAGAUCUUGCGUUUAAUUUAUCAAGGUCGUUUUCUUCACUGCAAUGUAACCUUAGGAGCACUGGGACUUCCAUUAGGCAAAACGACUGUUAUGCAUUUAGUGCCACGUGAUAAUUUGCCAGAGCCCAAUUCACAAGAUCAAAGACAAAAUAGUAAAGGCGGUUCUGGACGUUGCUGUUCAACAAAUUGCUCUAUUUUGUAACUAAAUUAUUAUAUAAUAGUGUAAUAUUUAAAUUAAUUUGCAUUAUAAAAAAUAAAAAAGUAUAUGUAUAAAUUACAUUUUUGUGCAGUCAAAAGUAUAUUUAUUAAACUAUAAAAAUGUAUGUCAGGAUGAACAAGGCGCUUUGUUUAAAAUAUUAAUGUACAUACAAUAUAUAUUUUAUAUAUAUACACACAGGAAUUCAUGAGCAUGUGCAAAGUGCAUAUACUCUAUAUUAAAGUUGCUAGACUGCAUAUUUAUAACAUGUAAUAUACGAAUACAAUGCUAAUUGCUUUUAGAAAUCGGACUUGUUAACCUAAUUAGAAAAAAGUAAUUACAACACUUAUUUCAAAUAUGUCAGAAUAUUGAAAAUCUAAUUACGUGCAAAAAAAUAAGUCAUUUCCCCAUUGCGUUCUUCUUUUAAGUGUGCGUCUAUGAAAAAAAAAAAAACAAAAUCAGCAAUUACUUGUCAGAUCGAUUCUUUAACACGAUAAAGGAUAUUUAAAGAAAUUUUUGUUCUGUAUAUAUACAUAUUUAAUUAGAGUUUAAGUGUUUUCUUCUGUUAAGUUUUAAAAUAUUAUCUGUAAAGUCUAACUUAAAGUCAAUGAUAAAUAAAUAAUCUAAUAUAUCCUUAAA